GGGGCGGGCCCGCGGAGGGCUGGGUUCUGCUCCGAGCCCUGCCCCUGCGAGGUCUGACCCAGGUUCAGGUGCUGGGCGAGAGGGGCGUGACACGACCAGGCACCCCCAACCCACACCCGUCUCCCAGUCCCCGCGCCCGCCCCGGUUCCCCCCUACUUCUCUCACUCAUCCCUGUCCCAGCCUCGAGGGGCUUCGUCUCCAUGGGGGAAGGGGCUGUUCAGAGCUGGGAUUUCAGACCCCCUUCUGCUGGCUGGGAGUUCCUCCCAUGGCCUCCAAGGGCGGCCAGGGCACGUCCUGAGGCCGCCCUCCCAUCCCAGCGGACAUCUACGACAAAGUGUCGGGUGACAUGCAGAAGCAAGGCUGUGACUGUGAGUGUCUGGGCGGCGGGCGCAUCUCCCACCAGAGCCAGGACAAGAAGAUUCACGUGUACGGCUACUCCAUGGCCUAUGGUCCUGCCCAGCACUCCAUUUCCACUGAGAAAAUCAAAGCCAAGUACCCCGACUACGAGGUCACCUGGGCUAACGACGGCUACUGAGCACCCCCAGCCCCUGGCCUGCCGCCUCUGGCAGCCACUCUGGAGCCCCUGCCUUUGCCUGUCCCCAUCGUGCAGGGCCGACCCUGCCCACUACUGCCACAGCCCCUGGUGAUGUGCCACCUGCCAGGCCUCAGAGACAGAAUUAAAUGUAUUGCCACACCUGCCGGUCUCUGGACUUUGUCCUUGGCUUCCUUGCCCUGGGUCACCACCUCCAGGGGCCCCCAGACCCUGCCUAAAGAAGUGGCCCCAGGGAGUGGCCUGCACACUCAGCCUUUUGGGGUCUGAUAAGGGGGCCCCCUGACGGCCUGAUUGCUCUUCACUGGGCCACCGCCCCCCAGGGCAUCUUGGAGGAGGCCCAGUCGGCCCCUGAGCAAGGACGCAGGGCCUGGUCCCUUGGGCCAGCCAAGACCUGGGGCGCACACCAGUGCCUCCUCCCUUGGGCCCAUCCCAGGGCUCCCAGUGCCCUGUCUGCCCUGAGGCCCGGCCUGCAGGCUCCUUCGUGACCAGCCCUGUGGGGCCUGCUAGUAUCAAGGGUCAGGUACCCUGCAGGUUCAUGCUGACUCUGGGGCCCCUCCCAGGUCCCUCCUGCUCCUGGCAGGGCUGUGGGCAGGCCAUGGGUUCAGGCCCUGCCCUGGGGAGUCCCAUACACAGUGAGACUCUGUGGGGUGCUACAGGGGCAUCCCGGGGGCUAGGACUGGCUGUGCACAGGGCACCCCUGACUGGCAGGCAGCCCCGCUCGCAGGUGGGCUCACUGGUCCUCCAGGCAGCCUCUCUAGGUGGGCAUUAUCGUGACCACGUUUUACAGACCGGGAUGCUGAGGCUCAGUGACACCAGCUCUGAGUUCACACUGUGGGAAAUCAAAUUUCCUGGGUGAUUUGGCUGGGUCCAAAUGCCACCCUCCUUCCCCAGUCCCAAAGAGCCCUGAGGGGCCCUGUGCCUGUCACCGGACAGCACCUGGCUGCUCAGGACGAAUGGGUGCUGGGUGCUCCUCCGCAGCCUGACUUACAGGCAGCUCCCCCGAGGCUGAGAGCGCAGCGGCUGGCUCUGGUGCACACGCUGGGCACUGGACUCCCGCAGCUGGUGGACUGGUUGAGUCCUGGCCUUGGCCAGCACCAGGCUAGUGCCAGAGGCAUAGCCAGAGGCCACGGCUGCCCGUGCCCCCCACCCCACACUGCCUUACAGAGUCCUGGUGGGGUGCCUGGGUCCCUCCCCAUUCCAGUGUAAGCCCUCCACUCCACCAGGCAAGGAAGGGCAGGGUGAAGGGCCUGACCUUCAGUCUGAGGGAGCCGGGCAGGUGGGAGCUGACCCUGGGUCGGGGGCCCUCUCCUGGGGCCGCUUCCACGGCCCACGCUUGGCACUGUCAGCACUGGGUGGAGCCAGGCCAAGGGGCCCUCCACUUAAUCGCGUAGGGCCAGCGCAGGCUGGAACCACACAGAGCUCCCUGUGCACCCCACGCGGCUGUACUGGCCCUGCUUCCUCUGACCCAGCCAUGCCUCUGCCCGGCCACCUGCUGCCCAUCCUGGUCCUGUUCCUGGCAGCAGGGUCCCCGGGCUGGGCCUGGGUCCCCAACCAUUGCAGGAGCCCCAGCCAGGCUGUGUGCAACUUCGUGUGUGACUGCGGGGACUGCUCCGAUGAGGCCCAGUGUGGUUACCACGGGGCCUCGCCCGCCCCGGGCACCCCCUUCACCUGCGACUUUGAGCGGGACCCCUGCGGCUGGCGGGACAUCAGCACCUCGGGCUACAGCUGGCUCCGAGACAGGGCGGGGGCUGCGCUGGAGGGUCCCGGGCCUCGCUCAGACCACACGCUGGGCACCGACCUGGGAUGGUACAUGGCUGUCGGAACCCACCAAGGGAGAGAGGCAGCCACUGCAGCCCUGCGCUCGCCCACCCUGCGAGAGGCAGCCCCCUCCUGCAAGCUGAGGCUCUGGUACCACAUGGCCUCUGGAGAUGCGGCUGAGCUGCGGCUGGAGCUGACCCAUGGCGCAGAGACCCUGACCCUGUGGCAGAGCACAGGGUCCUGGGGCCCCGGCUGGCAGGAGUUGGCAGUGACCACAGGCCGCAUCCAGGGUGACUUCCGAGUGACCUUUUCUGUCACCCGAAACGCUACCCACAGGGGCGCCGUGGCUCUAGAUGACCUGGAGUUCUGGGACUGUUGGCUGCCCACCCCCCAGGCCAGCUGCCCCCUGGGACACCACCACUGCCAGAACAAGGCCUGCGUGGAGCCCCAGCAACUCUGCGACGGGGAAGACAACUGUGGGGACCUGUCUGAUGAGGACCCACGCACCUGUGGCCAGCACACGGUCACCGACUUUGAGACAGGCCUGGGCCUAUGGAGCCGCUCAGAAGGCUGGGCCCGGAACCACAGCGCUGGCGGUCGCGAGCACCCCGCCUGGCCGUGCCGUGACCACAGCCGGAACAGUGCGCAGGGCUACUUCCUGGUCUCCGUGGCCGAGCCUGGCAAUCCUGCUGUGCUCUCCAGCCCCGAGCUCCAAGCCUCAGGCGCCUCCAGCUGCUCGGUGAGACGGUGGGGCGGGUGGAGGGGGGUGUCACAGGGUCUCCGUGCUGGCUGCUCGGGUGCAGGGGCCCCCAAUCAGCUCUUGGCUCCACAGCUGGUCUUCUAUUACUACCUGCACGGGUCCGAGGCCGGCUGCCUCCAGCUGUUCCUGCAGACUCUGGGGUCCAGCACCCCCCAGGCCCCGGUCCUUCUGCGGAGGCGCCGAGGGGAGCUGGGGACCGCCUGGGUCCGAGACCGCAUUGACAUCCAGAGUGCCCACCCCUUCCAGAUCCUCCUGACCGGGCAGACAGGCCCGGGGGGUGUGGUGGGCCUGGACGACCUCAUCCUGUCUGAACACUGCAGACCAGUCCCGGAGGUGUCCACCCCACAGCCGCUACCUCCUGGGCCCUGGGCCCCAGCCCCCGGGCCCCUGCCGCCCAGCUCUCGGCUCCAGGACUUCUGCCAGCAGGGCCAUCUCGCCUGUGGGGACCUGUGUGUGCCCCCGGAACAGCUGUGUGACUUCCAGCAGCAGUGUGCAGGGGCCGAGGACGAGCAGGCCUGUGGAACCACGGACUUCGAGUCCCCCGAAGCUGGGGGCUGGGAAGAUGCCAGCGUGGGGCGGCUGCAGUGGCAGCGGCUCUCAGCCCAGGAGAGUCAGGGAGCCGGUGCAGCUGCUACUGGUCACUUCCUGUCUCUGCAAAGGGCCUGGGGGCAGCUGGGUGCGGAGGCCCGGGUCCUUACACCUCUGCUUGGCCCCUCUGGCCCCAGCUGUGAACUCCACUUGGCUUACCAUCUGCAGAGUCAGCCCCAAGGCUUCCUGGCACUAGUGGUGGUGGACAGCGGGUCCCGGGAGCUGGCAUGGCAGGCCCUGAGCAGCAGUGCAGGUGGCUGGAAGGUGGACAAGGUCCUUCUAGGGGCCCGCCGCCGGCCGUUCCGGCUGGAGUUUGUCGGUCUGGUGGACUUGGACAGCCCUUACCAGCAGGGAGCUGGUGUGGACAACGUGACCCUGAGGGACUGUAGCCCCAUGGUGACCACCAAGAGAGACAGAGAGGUCUCCUGUAACUUUGAGCGGGACACGUGCAGCUGGUACCCGGGCCACCUCUCAGACGCACACUGGCACAGGGUGGAGAGCCGUGGCCCUGAGCACGACCACACCACAGGCCAAGGCUACUUCAUGCUCCUGGACCCCACAGACCCCCUGGCCCGGGGCCACAGCGCACACCUGCUCUCCAGGCCCCAGGUGCCAGCAGCGCCCACGGAGUGUCUCAGCUUCUGGUACCACCUCCACGGGCCCCAGAUUGGAACCCUGCGCCUGGCCAUGAGACGGGAAGGGGAGGACACGCACCUCUGGUCACGGUCGGGCACCCAUGGCAACCGCUGGCACCAGGCCUGGGCCACCCUCUCCCACCAGCCUGGCUCCCGGGCCCCGUACGAGCUGCUGUUUGAGGGCCUCCGGGACGGAUACCACGGCACCAUGGCGCUAGACGACGUGGCCAUGCGGCCUGGCCCCUGCUGGGCCCCUGAUUACUGCUCCUUUGAGGACUCGGACUGUGGUUUCUCCCCUGGAGGUCAGAGUCUCUGGAGACGCCAGACCAAUGCCUCAGGCCAUGCUGCCUGGGGCCCCCCAGCAGACCACACCACAGAGACGGCCCAAGGGCACUACAUGGUGGUGGACACGAGCCCAGACGCACUGCCCCGGGGCCAGACGGCCUCCCUGACCUCCAGGGAGCACAGGCCCCUGGCCCAGCCUGCUUGCCUGACCUUCUGGUACCAUGGGAGCCUCUUCAGCCCAGGCGCCCUGCAGGUCCACCUGGAGGAGGGCAGGAGGCACCAGGUGCUCAGCCUCAGUGCCCACGAAGGGCUUGCCUGGCGCCUGGGCAGCGUGGACGUGCAGGCUGAGCAAGCCUGGAGGGUGGUGUUUGAGGCAGUGGGCACAGGCGUGGCACACUCCUACGUGGCUGUGGAUGACCUGCUCCUCCAGGAUGGGCCCUGCCCUCAGCCAGGUUCCUGUGAUUUUGAGUCUGGCCUGUGUGGCUGGAACCACCUGGCGCGGCCCGGCCUGGGUGGGUACAGCUGGGACUGGGGCGGGGGAGCUGCACCCUCUCGCUACCUCCAGCCCCCAGUGGACCACACCCUGGGCACAGAGGCAGGCCACUUUGCUUUCUUUGAAACUGGCGUGCUGGGCCCUGGGGGCCAGGCCGCCUGGCUUCGAAGCGAGCCUCUACCGGCCACCCCUGUCUCCUGCCUCCGAUUCUGGUACCACAUGGGCUUUCCUGAGCACUUCUACAAGGGGGAGCUGAGGGUGCUGCUACACAGUGCCCAGGGCCAGCUGGCAGUGUGGGGCGCAGGCGGGCACCGUCGGCACCAGUGGCUGGAGGCCCAGGUGGAGGUGGCCAGCGCCAAGGAGUUCCAGAUCGUGUUUGAAGCCACUCUGGGUGGCCAGCCAGCCCUGGGGCCCAUUGGCCUGGACGACGUGGAGUAUCUGGCAGGGCAGCAUUGCCAGGAGCCUGCCCCCAGCCCGGGGGACACAGCCAUGCCUGUGCCAGUGCCAGCUGUGGUUGGUGGUGCCCUCCUGUUCCUCAUGUUCCUGGUGCUGCUGGGACUUGGGGGGCGGCGCUGGCUGCAGAAGAGGGGGAGCUGCCCCUUCCAGAGCAGCACAGAGGCCACAGCCCCCAGCUUUGACAACAUCCUUUUCAAUGCAGAUGGCGUCACCCUCCCAGCAUCUGUCACCAGCGAUCUGUAGACCACCCCGAACAAGGCCACGGUUCCUCACGUGACAUCCAGCACUUGGUCAGACCCCGGCUGGGGACUGGACACCUGCCCCUGCCCAGACUGGGCCCGGCUGCAGGUCUCAGGGCACGCUGAGGCCUGGGCGUCCCUUACCCUGUGCUGAGUCUGUUCCCAUGUGAAUAAACACCCCGGCCCGUGAGGGCAGCCCGAG